UAACGUAGAGUGCGGGGCGGCAUGUUUGUCCAAAUCAUGUGACGGGUUCAUCAUGCAGGGGUCGGGAGGAGGAAGGACGUGCACUGUGUUCUCUACUAUCACCAUCGCCCUCCCCGCCGCCCAGACAUCAUCACUCUACGUCCUCUACGUCUCUCUGGACAAAGUUGACUACGUGAACAGCCUGGUGCCGAGCUCGUACAACAGUCUCCUCAACAACAAAGAUACACAGCUGACCGCGUGUCCCGCCGGUACCGCAAUAGGAGCUCUUAUCUUGGACAAUGGUGACAGCAGGCAGACAAAAGCGAAUUAUGCCGAGUGUAGACAAUUGAUUUACGCCCCUGGGUUUGCAUUACAAUCUGCAUAUACGAACGUUACGACAGGUCUGAUGGGACAAAUGUCGUCACAAGCCCAGCAAUGUGAAACCGACGCAGUAAUGGUUGGUCUAACGGGCUAUGAUGAUAAAAUGAGAAUUAACAACUGGCAGGAACCAUACUACGCUACGGGCCAGUGUCAGCGUCUAGUAGGCUGGAAGGUGGACUAUGGACAAUGUGUGAAAGUGACCUCCCCGUCCUCCAUGCUAUGGACAGGACAAAGUUACCCGAGCCAAAGCUCUAGCAGCUGGAAUAUGUAUUUCCUGUGCCCCAACAAGUACCUGGUGGUGGAACUCUCGCGAAAGUGGCUUAUGAGUGACAAUAAGCCUCAGUAUUAUAGUGUCUUGUGUUGCUUGGUUAUCCCGGCUCUCUGAGUGCAACAUAUUAGCACCCCCAGCCCCCCCACACCCCAGUCAUCAGCACUAAUUGGACCAAGCACCACACAGCUGAACAACACUUGGGGGUCGGCCCAAUCCUAAUCUACGACUAGGAUGCUGAUCACUGUUUGGCCACUCAUCUCACUCAUCAAGAGAUGCAGAGGUAGAAAUAUGGAUGUACAUCUACAUCCCUUCAUCUACUGGAUAUAGCUGCAGCAGUGCUAGAAUGGGACACUGAAUGAAGAAGCAGCAGUGCUGGAACGGGACACUGGAUGAAGAGGCAGCAGUGCUGGAACGGGACACUGGAUGAAGAGGCAGCAGUGCUGGAACGGGACACUGGAUGAAGAGGCAGCAGUGCUGGAACGGGACACUGGAUGAAGAGGCAGCAGUGCUGGAACGGGACACUGGAUGUAGAGGCGGCAGUGCUGGAACAGAUCACUUGAUGAAGAGGCAGCAGUGCUGGAACGGAUCACUGGAUGAAGAGGCAGCAGUGCUGGAACGGAACACUGGAUGAUCCCGCUGGAUCGGAUCACAUCCAGUGUCCCGUUCCAGCUAGAUGGAUAGAAUUGGAUGAUAUUCCAGCCUCAUCUCCAGGACUUCGUUCCAGCAGUGCUGGUAAGGGACACGGGAUAUAGAAGCUGCAGUGCUGGAAAGGGACAUUGGAUUUAGAGGCAGCAGGGGUAGAACGAGACACUAUAUGUAGAGGCAACAGUGCCGGAACAGGACACUGGAUAUAGAGGCAGCAGUGCUGGAACGGAUCACUGGACGAGGAGGCAGCUGUGCUGGAACGGGACACUAUAUGUAGAGGUAGCAGUGCUGGAACGGAUCACUGGACGAGGAGGCAGCAGUGCUG